CAGGAGAUACGAUGACGCCGACCAAAUCCAUUGCAGAUGGACAAACCUUAAUCUCGUCAGGUGGGACCUUCGAACUGGGCUUCUUCAGCCUUGGUGUCUCGAAGAAUCGAUACUUGGGGAUACAUUACGGAGCUCCAGAUAAAACAGUUGUAUGGGUUGCCAAUAGAAUCUCUCCCCUCAGUGGCGCCACGGGGGUUCUCAAUCUUACAGGUGAUGGAAAUCUGGUACUUCUAAACAGCACCGGAUAUAUUAUUUGGUCGACGGGCACAUCAAAUGCAAAUAAUCCCGUUGUACAGCUCCUAGACUCGGGAAAUCUUGUCCUGAAUGAAGGAACUUCGAAUAAUUUAUUGUGGCAGAGCUUUGAUCAUCCAGGUGACACCAUGCUACCAGGUAUGAAGCUUGAACGGAAUUUAAGAACCAACGUUGACAGCACCUACACGUCAUGGAAGAGUUCCUCUGACCCUUCUCCAGGGGAAUACUCCUGCAAGAUACACAUCAAUGCAGUACCAGAGAUUUUCAUAUGGAGAGGAUCUGUCCAAAAAGUAGGUCGCAUUGGACCUUGGAAUGGGCGUGGAUUUGCUGGCGUUCCAGAUACGAAACCACAUAACUCGUUCACAUAUAAUCUACCUUCCAAUGAGUAUGAGGCCACCUACUCCUUCCAAAUACUCGACAAUUCUAUUCUAUAUCGUAACUUGUUGACCGAGACUGGAGCGUUUCAAGGUUUGGUGCGGGUUAAACCAAACCUUGCAUGGGUCGCUUACUCGAGGUUUCCGAAAGACCAGUGCGACAAGUAUGCUAUCUGUGGAGCUAAUGGCGUAUGCACUGCAAGCUACACAUUGGCCUGUGAUUGUUUGAGGGGAUUCAGUCCCAAGUCUCCUCAAAAUUGGAGAUUGGGAAACAAUUCUGAUGGCUGUGUAAGGAGAACAGCUUUAAAUUGUUCAUCGGAUGGUUUCUUUGAGCUUCAACAAAUAAAGUUGCCUGAUACAUCAAAUGCCACCCUGCACAGCAACAAAAGUCUGGAAGAGUGUGAAGACUUGUGCCUGAAGAACUGCACUUGCGGUGCCUAUGCUAUCAAUGGAGGGAUUGGAUGUGUGACAUGGACCGGAAAUCUUGUAGAUAUUAGACUGUUCACUGACGGAGGGGAGAAUCUAUAUAUUCGGCUUGCAUCUUCUGAAUUAGGUCAGACAAGGGGUAAUUACCGUAAAAAGAAGCUUGUCAUAAGCAUCAUCAUUUCUUCACUGGCAGGGUUUCUUCUACUUGUGUGCGGUAUUCAACUUCUGUGGAAGAAGAACAGAAAAAGAAAGCAAGGUACCUUUACCUACACAAACAGACAUGAUCUAUCAUUUAUACAAGCUAUUAUAUAAUAUUAAUGAAUUUUAGUUCUGGUAUUAGCAUUGAUUUCUUCAACAUUUUUCAGAACAGACUUCAUCAACAUUUGGCACUAAGAAUCCAUCAAACAAUUUUAUGCCUGCUACUGAAGUAAAAUAGUAUUCAAUGCUCAAGUUAACAAGUAAUAUGAUUUUAUUCAGGUUGCGCAAUGCAUA